GCAGAUACGAAGACUUAAAUCGUUACAAACCUGUGGCUCUUUACCAAAGUAACAAGAAAUGAGUGGCUCAGGAAAGCCUUUGUUGGGUCUUUGGCUUUACCGAAGCGGUGAAGAUUGGAAUUAUAAGGAAGAUUGUCCUAUACAAACUACGGCAACUGAUCCACCAACAAAGGAGGAACCUAAGCCUGUAGCAGAAAAAAUAUCCAUAAUCUUUACCCUAAAAAAUCAAGUUGGUGGAUUAGUUCGGGCCCUUCAAGCAUUUCAAGAUUUAGGAAUUAACGUAAAUCAUAUUGAGUCACGUCCCUCGCAACUUGGCGAUAAUCAGGUCGAUUUCUUAGUAGACAUAGAUACAGAUCAGCGAAAAUUAGAUCAGUUAGGACGUCUUCUUAAAAGGGAAGUGCAAACUAUGGUCAUCGGUGCUUACGGCAAUACCGACGAGAGCGAAUUUCCUCCACCUACUCCAUUAUCGGCAACUAUGAGCUUCGAUUUCGACGAAAUGCCUUGGUUUCCAAAAAAAAUAUCAGAACUGGAUCAAGCUCAAAACGUGCUAAUGUAUGGAGCAGAACUCGAUGCAGAUCAUCCAGGAUUUAAGGAUCCUGUGUAUAGAAAACGAAGGGAACAGUUCUUUAGAAUUGCGAUGAACUAUAAACAUGGGCAGCCAAUACCAAAGGUGCAGUAUACACCUGAAGAAGUGAAAACCUGGGGCACUGUGUUCCGUGAGCUGCACAAGCUUUAUCAGAAACACGCUUGUAGAGAGUACUUAGAAAACUGGCCACAACUUGAAAAAUAUUGUGGAUACAGAGAAGAUAAUAUACCACAACUAGAAGACGUCAACAUAUUUUUAAAAAGAAAGACUGGAUUUCAGCUUCGACCUGUUGCAGGAUAUUUAAGUCCAAGAGAUUUUCUGUCGGGUCUAGCCUUUCGUGUGUUCCAUUGCACCCAAUAUAUACGACAUUCAUCUGAUCCAUUUUACACACCAGAACCAGAUUGUUGUCACGAACUGCUUGGUCAUAUGCCUUUACUUGCAAAUCCAAGUUUUGCACAGUUUUCACAAGAAUUGGGAUUAGCAUCACUUGGAGCAUUCGAAGAGGAUGUUAAUAAACUAGCGACCUUAUACUUUUUCACCGUGGAAUUUGGAUUAUGCAAGCAAGAAGGUGAAAUCCGUGUCUAUGGUGCUGGUCUUCUAAGUUCAGUUGCUGAACUGCGACAUGCCGUUACUAACUUGGACAAAAUUAAACGUUUCGAUCCUGAAGAAACUGUUAAACAAGAAUGUAUUAUAACAGCAUUUCAGCAUGGUUAUUGGUAUAGUGAUUCAUUUGAGGAAGCAAAAGAAAAAAUGAGAACUUUCGCUGAGCAGAUUCAACGUCCCUUUGGAUUACGUUAUAAUCCCUAUACACAAAGUGUUGAAGUUCUUAGCAAUGAACAAAAAAUCACUGCUGUUGUUUCAGAACUUCGUGGAGACCUAUGCAUUGUUAACAGCGCUCUUAAGAAAAUUAGCGCACGUAAUUCAAACUUGAAUAUCGAUAGAAUUACAAGUUUACUGCAAACCGGACUUGCUGCUAAAAAUGAAGAAGAAAGUAACUAAACUAGUAAACUCGCAAUAAUAUGGGCGUAGCAGUGUGGUGUGUAUAUCUUUUUUAUUAUAAUGUGCAAAAUGAGUGCACUUGUUCAAAUACGUUAAGUAUAGCUUUCGUUGUUUUAUGAUAAUGUAUUAUAUAAACUAUAAUUCUUAGUAGUGUCUAGUGAAAUAAAUGAACCUGCAUCAUA